UGGCUGUUGUGACAAUGUAACGCAUCAGUCAGACCUUCUCAGAGUACUACUACCAUCUAGGGAGGAAAAAUUCAAUCUCAUAAAUCAUACAGAAAUGAAUACAUUCUGCAAGCUGGAUUUAUUUUCUUUACAAGGUGUCCAGGAAAGGAAAAUAUAUCUACUGAAAAUUUGUAAAAUGUCUAUGUGAGAUGCCUUUGAUACGUGUUAAGAAUAUAGUGGCAUACCAAGGAGGAAACGUGCACUCUAACCUCUCAAACAAUCAUUUGCAAAUAUCUUUUGACUCCAGUGGAUUGAAUAUUAUGGUGAAAUAACUUUAUUUUUUAUAUAACCUAACAUUCAUUUGGAACACAUUUGAGCAUUCGAUGCUGUUUUUGGAAAACGUAUUGGCAUGUAUUAUUACCUGAGCUAUGGUUUUGGAGGGUAGGAUGCUUCUUCCAGAAGAAUAAUAUUGCUAUCAUUUGUGUUGUUUUGUCAACCAGCAGGAUUUACAGUAGAUAUCUUGUGAGAAGUGGGGCAGUACUCCAGCCUUGUACCUAUUGUACUCUUGUAUUUUCAUAUUGUAUGUCCUGUGUAACCGGGCAUUACUUUGCUCAUCUAAAACGGCAUAUUAUCUUACAAGGGUAAGCUACGCCUCAGAAGAAAGCCAUCCUGCUCUGGGUUGGAAUGAUACAAAGUAGGAUACCUAACUGUUUGCUAAAGUCUGGAACCAUCGUUUGAGGAGCUUUACAUGUCUCCCCUAAGGAGUAGGACUUCAUUUCACCACAGGUUAGGAUGGCGUUUUUUACUUUUAUGAAGAUUUUCCGAUUUGGAUUAGAGAAGAAAAAGGUCAAGCACUAUGAAAACAUUAAACAGGAUGUUAACCCUGAGGAAGCCUGGACUAUUACAGGGGAACUGGGAGAUGGAGCAUUUGGAAAAGUCUACAAGGCCCAGAGUAAGACAAACGGUGUCCUUGCUGCUGCCAAAGUAAUUAAUGUUAAUACUGAAGAUGAGCUGGAGGAUUACGUGGUGGAAAUCAACAUACUUGCAUCCUGUGAUCACACAAACAUAGUGAAGCUACUGGAUGCAGUGUACUGGGAAGAAAAGCUGUGGAUUCUGAUCGAGUUCUGUCCUGGUGGUGCUAUAGAUGACAUCAUACUUGAGCUGGAGAAAGGUCUUACAGAAGCUCAGAUUUGUGUGGUUUGUCGGCAGACCCUGGAGGCCCUUGAAUACCUUCAUAACAACAAGAUCAUCCACCGGGACCUUAAAGCAGGAAACAUCCUUCUAAUGCCUGAAGGCAUGGUGAAGCUGGCUGAUUUUGGUGUCUCUGCCAAGAAUGUCAACACCCUACAGAAGCGAGUUUCCUUCAUUGGAACCCCAUACUGGAUGGCUCCUGAGGUGAUCCAGUGUGAAACUUCUAAGGAUGUUCCCUACGACUGUAAGGCAGACAUAUGGUCUCUGGGCAUCACACUGAUUGAAAUGGCAGAAAUGGAACCUCCACACCAUGAACUUAAUCCAACAAGGGUACUUCUAAAGAUCACAAAGGCAGACCCACCAACUCUGCGAGCUCCAAAGCUCUGGUCAACAGAGUUCAAAGUUUUUUUGAAAAAUGCUUUGGAAAAAAAUCCAGAAUUUAGAUUUUCAGCCACUCAGUUGCUCCAGCACCCUUUUGUGGCAGAAGCUACAGACAACAGACCACUACGAGAGCUGAUUGCAGAGGCAAAAGCAGAGGUUUUGGAGGUCAUUGAAGAAGGAAAGGAUGAAGAAGAUGAUGAUUCAGAGAAGCUUACAUCUAAACAUGAUGAUUUAUUCUCCAACACCAUCACCACCAGCAGUGAAGAUGAAAGGCCUUCUAAGUUUAGAAAGACAGCAUCUGAGGAUAUACACUAUCAAAAAUCUAUAAAUACAGGACAUCAGAGCAUAAACACUGGAGAAGCCUGUAAAGUAACCAGGUCUUUUUCUCAACAAGAAGCGGAUUACUGUAAGACCAGUCAACUGAGAGGGGACAUUGGUAUGAAACGAAAAUUUCAUCUAGAUCAGCAACUGCCUCCUGAAGAAAAGGACCUCAGUCAUGGAAAAAGUGAAGAAAAUGGUGUCAACAAACCUGAAAAAUGUGAUGCCAAAGCAAGCCCUGUGAGCAAGGACACUACGAAGAAAAAACGUAAGCCAACACGACUAAAAUCAAAAACAGCUUCAGAUUUCUUAAGACAUAUUAGGCAGAGAUCAUCUCCCAUUCUAUCUUUUUCAAAACAAGAUAAAGGGAUAAUAAAGAACACACCAAAACAAUCUCCAGAAAUCCUUGAAGAGGUGAAGGGUCAUUCCGAUGAUGUUAAAGUCAAUGAAGCUGUUUCUGAACUCAUUGUUACCAGUCAAGGCACAAUGACACAAGAACCAGAGAGAAAAGAAAACAAUGAAACAUCAUCAGCCUUCGAUCCUAAACAACUAGACUGCGACCUUCAAAGUGCACUGGGUGAUGUCUGUUUGUCUCAAAGUGAAACAUCAGAUGCAGCAGAAGUGUUCUUAUACCCUACUGAAGGAGACACAGAGGCAAUGGAUAAUAAAGAAUCAGAGAAGUAUUCAAAGGAAAAUGCAGAUUUUAGGCCAUCCCUUGAAAUUCCAGAGGCUGGCAACAGAUCAGCAGACCAGAGCGAACAUAGUGCAGUAAGUACUGAUGAUCUCAUCAAAGAAGACCUAGGCCCCUUGGAACCUAAACAAUUACAGGGGCAUUCAGGAGCAGAAUUAAAGCACAGCAAUACAGUUCCAGAAACUUUAUGUAAUGAGUCACUAAAUGCUGAAGGAUAUGAAGGUACGUGUAUAGCUGAUGUGACAAAAAGUCCUGGUAUAAAUGGGAUGGAAUCACUUGAUCCACCUUUGCUGGCUGUGUCAGGUUCUGAUAUUGUCACCAGCUUGGAAUUAGAGGAAUCUAUUAGAAUAGACAGUGAAAAUGUAAACCUUCAGAGUGACAUAAUAGAAACCAAAAGCGAAGAAGCUUGUAUGGAACGUGAAGGAGCUGCAUCUUCUGAUGCUGAAAAAGAAAGCAUUAAUUGUAAAGAAAUUAUAUCUCUUAAUAAAGAGAAAGAAAUGACUCAAGGCAGCUCACCAUUAGGCAUCACAGAAAUAGCCAAUCUACAUUCAUUGGAUAUAGCACCACCUGGAAGAAUAAACGAAAUUAUAACUCAGGCAAGUUACAAUGUUUUACACUUUGACACCAGCAUAAAUGAAAACCACAGUGAAAGUGGAAUGGAAGAUACACAAGCUGUAUCUUACAACACUGAAAAUGAAAGCGUUCCUCAUCCGGAAAGAUGUGGAAUAUCUGUGCAAGAGCAGAUAAGCUGCUUCCCCAUACAGAACACCAAAGAAAAUACAGGAAUUUGCACCAGUGCUCAGUGUUCCACUGAGUUUAAAUGCAGAAUAUGCUGUACAGUUUCGCACAAUGAUAUUUUCACUUUUACUAGCAAACACUACCUAGACCUAGCUUACAGAAGUGUCUGUACUAAAAACCUGACAUCACCUUUAAUUGAAGCACUAGGCUUGGAGCAAAGAAGCAGUUUUAAUAAAUUAAAAGCUGACCUUGAUACUAAAAUUAAUAGAGAAACAAUAAUAAAUAACAAUGAAAAUUUUGGGACUGACACAAAGUUUGCUUUUAGGACAGCAUGUUUCCCACCUUUGGCAAGCAUAAAAGGCUUCUCACAAGACAAGAACGAGAAGAGCAGACAAUCCGAGCACAGCAAUUAUUUGGAACAACAGCCUAAAGAACAAAUCAAAACAAGCAAUGAGCACAUAAGUGCUGCAGCAACAGAGGAAGCAAAGCCUGCUGAAAGAGAAAGCUGUUUAUUCACAACCAUACAACCAAAUGUGGCCAUUAGGGGCUCUACAAAAUCUGAUGAAGGACAGGAUAUUAAACAAACCACAGAGGCAAACAUUACUGAAGAAAAUAUAGUAAACUCGUUAGAGGACAGUAAUGGUUUGCAGCUGCAGGAAACAGGGCCAAGGAUAGCAGAAUAUAUUUCUGAAUGUUCUGGCGUUACAGAAAAGGGCACAGAAGAAGACAAGGCCGAAGGAUGUGUAGAGAGUGAAGGAACUUUACUGGAACAACAAAGUGAGAAGCAGCAUCUGUUAUCAUUAGGAAAAAAUGCCCUGGUAUGUGAAAAUACAAAAGAAGACAGAGAUGGGAAAGGAGUGGAAGAAAGUAAAGUAAAUGACUCAGUCACAUCAUCUAAUAUGAAUCAGUUCUGUCAGUCACAGUCUGAACCAGUGACAUCUAAGAGAGUAAACUUCACAGACGAGGUUCUCACGCUGGCAGGAUCAGUAGCACAUUUUGCAAAUGGUGAGGUAACAAUGAUGGGUGAUGCUACUGGACAGGACAUGUGCCAUACCACAGAAAAUGAUGUAACAAACGAAAAGGUGAACAACACAAAUGUAGAUUCUGUUCUAAGGUCUGGUGUUUAUGCUUCUUCCACUCCUACAGGAGGGUUCUUCUUCAGGAGUAGAGUUGAAGAGAACAAACAGAAGCGAACACGAUUUUUUAAAGAUGGGGAGGUAGACACCCCACUUAGGAAGACAGUAAAAAAAACUCGGACAUUUGUUGUGGAUGGAAAGGAGGUAAGCGUGACAACGUCAAAAGUUAUGCAUGGAGAUGACAGCAAGGAGGAACAUAUGCGAACAAUAAGACGUCAGGAACUUCAUGAACUUCGACUCCUUCAAAAGGAAGAACAGAGGACUCAGGUUCAAUUGGACCGAAAACUUCAAGAGCAAAGAGAACACAUGAUUCGCCAAAUUGAGCAGGAAAUGAUGAGUAAGAAAGAAAAUUUCGACAAUCAGAUAACAAACCUGGAGAAACAUUACCAUCAGGCAAUAGAACGUUUGGAGCAGGAGUAUACAACAAGGCUUCAGGAAGAUGCAAAACGCCUCAAAGCACUUCAAGAAAAGGAGCUUGCUAAGAAAGGCCAGACCCUGAGGACAAAGAAAGAGGAGCAGGACUUCAGUCAGAAACAGCAACUGGACCUGAACACUGCACUUCAAAAGGUUGUCCAGGAGCACAAGAAAAAGAUGGCAUCCAUGAAGUGGGAGAGUCUAACCAAAAUCCACACCCUCAAGAGAGAACGGGAGUCAGUUAUCUGGGACCUGGAGCAGCGUCACGUACAGGAGAAGUACCACCUCUUCAAGCAGCAGGUGAAGGAGCAGUUUUCUCUGCAAAGGCAGCAGCUCAAGAAGAGGGAAGAGAAGGAAAGAGAACGAAUGAACAGAUUUCAUCAGUUUUUGAUAGAGGAUUUAAAAAAUAAUCAGAUGCAAGAGAAGACCUUCGUACUGAAAACCCAAAGAAGUGAUGCCAAAACACGUUUGGCCAUGUUUAAAGAGAGCCUUAAAAUCCAGGCAGUCUGUCCAUCAGAACACAGAGAGCACAUCAGACAGUUUCAACAGCAAGAAGAAAAGCGGCAAAAAAAUGAACUUUGUCAGCAGCAGCAGAAACAUGAAAUCCAACUUCAAGAGCUGCAGCUUCAGAUUGAAGAAAACACAGCUGAGCUACAGCAAUUGCAGAAUGAAAAGCUUCACUUGCUGGUAGAUCGAGAAAAGGUGAAACUGAAGAAGCUGGAUGAUGAGCACACAAUGGAACUUAAAGAGUGGAAAGACAGACUCAUUGCCAGGAAAGAGGUGUUAGAGGAAGAGCUUGCACGUAAACGUCAGAUGCAAGAGGAAUAUCCUAGACGUUGUAAUGAACCUUCCAGAAGACAUUCACGACUACUCUCUGUGUUCUACUAACAUAAGCCACAAGACAGGAGUUUGUAAGGCCUCAAAUUUCAAGUGGCAAGAGUACAAGUACUUUAUGAAGAUCCAUAGUUACAGAGUAAGAGGAAAUGAAAGAAAGCUCAGCUGUGAAUUUGUAACAUGGAUCAAGUCAACUGACAUCAGUGUGCACCAUCUACCAAGAGCGCACCCUCACUUUGAGGUUGUCCUAGGGUGCAGAUGGUAAAGUAUCAAAAUCCUUCUACUUCACAUGACAAGAAAGGAACUCAGUUAAUGAGCAGUUUUGGAUGAGAUGAAACACUUAAAACCAAACUCUGUGCAAACAAACAUUACUUAAGGACUACAAGAGAGAGAAUGUACUACCCAAUGUUUACAGGAUUGAAAUGGAAAUAGUUUUUUUCCUCUCUGUGACACUUAGAUUUUGUUCCACCCUGUGGAUUGCUGGUUAGCAUGGCAAAAAAUGCAAAGAAAGAAAGAAUCCCCAUCAACAGCCUAAACUUAACCUACAACAGAUGAUCGUAAGGAUAUGUGACUGGUCCAUAUCAAAAAACAGGAUAAUGAACUGCAUAGGGCACUUCUGAAACAUUCCAAAUUAUAAUCAGUUGGAAAUUGUAAUAAAAAGUGGCAAAACCCACAGACUAGAAAUAAAAAAAAAGCUUUAUUGUAUAAAAGAUAAAAUGUUGGGUACACACUUUAUCAAUCUGUAAAAGAGCUACUAAACUCAAGUUCAUAUACACACUGCUGAUUAUGUCAACUAUCUUUAACUGCUGAUGUUUUAUCAAUGGUGUGAGACUAACCCUAUUAGUCAUGUCUGUUUCUAAUCUACAAUGCUAUCUGGCUUCCAUACUUAAAGGCAUGUUAUCCUGAUUCACCCUACACAUUUAUUAACAUUUUCCAGCUACUGAAAUUUAAAAUCAUGUGAUAAUCCAUCCAUAUUCUUAGUCUGGCUGUUCUUCCGUAUUCUUUUAGCUAACAAUUUAUCCAUAUUAUUAUUGUCUAGAUCCCUAUUAUGUUCACAGAACACCUGUUUCCCCUGUAUAGAAUGUUUCACACUAGUCUGUAAUCAUACACUCAGCAUUGUGAGAUAAAGGUGUAAAACAGUUUUAAAUUUUGCUAGCAUAAGGAUGCUGAAAAUAGUCUUUUUUAAAUAAACUUGCGGCUGAAAGAAGCCUUCUAGUGUGAGGAACAAGAAAGAUACUCCUCAGUAGGAAUCCAGGUGAGAAUAUUCAUACAUAUGAAGGAAGACAGCUCAAGAUGCAAAGUGUACACUUCUAAACUACAUUUGAUUUGCGUUCACAUAACAAAAAUAAUACACUUGUCAUGAAAUAUACCAUCAACUAUGGUGUAAUUUGUCAGCUAGUUGUGCACAUCUCUUUCCUUUAAGAACAUCUGCAUGGAAUCAUAUAUUUUAGUAACAGCACUGAAUUUAAUGGGACUUCAUCGUGUAGACAGUCUCUACCUUCUUCAUUAAUGAAGGCAGCUAUUGCUACUUGCCUUAUUGUUGUGGUCAAUAAGUGAGCAUGGGCUACUGGUCCUAUCUAGAACAGGCUUGAGGCUGAAGGUGCACUUACUACAAAUGACACUCCAUUUGCUAUUAACCCUCAUGGCCACAGUUAUUGUGCCAAAAUCAUGGGUGUUAAGCCCCAUCUUGUACCCCUUAAGGAGUCUAUCAUAUAUUAAUGCAAAGGCUAAUACAAAAUGUACCAAGCCACUCCUUAUGGGACUGGACAAAUAAAGGCAAGGAUCUCAGUGUCUUCCAGGUUUUUUGACCAUUACUGGCAUUGUUCAUGCUAAUAAUCAUAAUCGCAAGGGCUCAUCACAGGAUCAACAUUGUCAAACAUGCACACUGAAACAUUGAAACAAAUGAUGCACUGCUUUGCCUACCAUGACUAGUUUAGAGAAAUGGAAGGUAUAUUAUUUGGUAGCUCCUGCUUCACCUCCAUUGACCCAGAGAUGCUAUACCAUUCCAACAGAUGUGAAGGUCCUUUGUACCUAUUAAAGAACAAUGUUAUGUCACUGGAAGCAGUUUCCAUCAGGGCUGGUUCUGUCUGUGUGGAACUAAAGAAAUGGAGUCAAAAAUCAGCAACACUUUGAUGGAGUGGCAGGGAGGGAUGGUCAGGCCUGUCCUGGAUUGGAGAGCAUUUAUUGAUGAUGCUCUCUUAGGAGAGAUGUAGUUCAAAGAGGGAAGUUACCCUCAGAUAUAAUCAACAAAAGUGGGAGGUAGGGUACGCAGUGGUUAAGGCAUAUAAAGAAACCACCCAGGUUGGAUGCAAAGAUGGCUGAGCCCCCAGGAGGCCAAUAGGAUCCACAACUGAUCCCUGCAAUACUGCAGUAAGUAUGGGGGGAAAGAGAUAACCUGUUAGAUUCUAAGUAGAAGUGGGGAACAGAGGACUGGACCAGUUAAAUGAUGUCCCAAGGUGGACCAAAAAAUAUUAAAAAAAAAACAUAGCCACACAUAUAUGUGCCUCAAGUCUAGACAAUAUAGUAGCAUAUUGUAUGGCUGGGUAACAUAGAUUAGUGGCAAGAAUACCACUGCAUUAAACUGAACAGAACUGAGUGACUGUUCAACAAGCCAAGAUAAACUUGCAUAUGCGAAACUUUUUUCAAGCUUUUUCUCAUGGAUUAUUGUCUUUUUUAAGCUGAAACUCUCAACGGCCAUUUCAUAUUAGGGAAUUCUUGUCUUCAACACUAAUGCUUAAAUCUCUUCUCUCUCCUCGUUCAGGCUAUGAUAUAAAAACAAAACCUUCUCAUCAAAAGAAUCUGUGAUCUGGAAAUGUUUGUCUGCCAUCAUCAAGAAAGUAUCUGUGCCUUACAUUUUCUGUAUGAGCUGAAAGACAAACUCUGUCUUAGGGACAAAUGUGAAUACUGUCACUGAUAUAACUGGGGCUUCAGCAAUAAAUAAAAUGUCUUUGAGAAAUGCCUUCAUAUAUAUUUAAUAUAUAUAGACUUGUGCAGCAGUAUCCUUGAGGUCUUUGUGUCAAGUUACAUUUUUGUAAUGUCUAUUAAUUGUUCUGUGCAGCAUUACUUUGUAUUUGGACUGGUUUGGUCAUACUUAGGCUCUCCUACCCAUUAAUCAGAUGAAUAAAUACUCAGUUUGAA